AUGGACGCCCUCCUCUCCAGCGAGCUCUCGGCCGACACGUUGGCGGCGCUGCAGGCGCAUCUCCAGACGCAGCAGGCGCAGGAGGAAGUGUCCGAAGACUUCCGUCUUUCGCAGUUUUGGUACGAUGACCGCACUGGCCGCGCACUGGCCCAGGAGGCCAUUGACCACAGCGAGGAGAUGCGCAUCGCCUUCGUGAGCACGCCGGCAGCCUACCGUGACUUCCUCAAGAUUCAGGAGGAGAGCGACUCCCCCAUCAAUGGGGACAACGUCUACCUGUUCGAGUUCGACCGCCGCUUCGACGAGAAGUACAGCGGCCACUUCGUGUUCUACGACUACAACGAGUCCACCAACCUGCCCAGCAAGUUCCACCACUUCUUCGACUACGUGCUGGUGGACCCGCCCUACCUGAACACCAACUGCAUGGGUAAGUUCGCGGAGACGAUGCGCUGGCUGUCGAAGGACGUGCAGCCCGUGGCCGGCAAGAAGGACAAGAUCCUCAACCCGUGCACCUUCAUCACUGCGCGCAUGCUUCGCAAAGAUAUUUAUGCCGACCUGGGCUUCACGCCGUCGGGCUUUGUCCCGACGUUCGAGUCCAAGCUCUCGAAUCAGUUCCUGACGUACACCAACUACCGCUCGGAGCGCUUCGGCGAGAGCACGGAGGACUUCGGCACUUCGGACGACGAGGAGUAGAUUCUGCAUUUUGCUCUCCGAUAAUGAGCAUAAUGAACGCUGCUGUUUUUG